CGUGCCAACCAAGAUCCGGAUCGAUUCAUGCAUGCCCCUACUCUAGGGUUCCCGGAUUAGCAACAGGGCAAGCGCUCGUCUUCGUCGAGCGCGACUCUUGCAUCUCAACUCAUCUCACCUACAAGCCUCUUCGUCCCGUCUUGCUUCAUCUCUCAUCAUGAGUACGCUAGCGGACGAGCUACUUGCCGACCUCGAGGGACUCUCAGAGGGAGAGGAAGAUAACGGACAAGUUGAUACAAACGAGCAGACGGAAGUGGCAGGACCCUCAACCUCGAAUGGCCUUAAGCGCAAAGCAUCCUCAGACGAUGAGAUGGACGAGGGCGAGGCGGAGGAAGACGGGGAGUCAAAUGAUAAGGAUGUUGGAUCGCUCGUUCUGGAGGGCGGAGUGAACCCUGCGGAGGAGCUGGACGCUGAAGAGGUGCAGCGGAUGGAAUUGAGAAAUGUCGAGGACGUGCGCAGCGUUGCGAAGCUGGAUGGCAGUAAGCGAAUGAACGAUAUCCUCAAGGAAAUCGAGAAAUUCGAAGCGAAUCCCAGCACUCCCGAACAAAUGGCUCAACCGACACAUUCAAAUCCCGAAUACAACUUGAUUGUGGCCGCCAACAACCUCUCAGUCGAUGUUGAUAAUGAGAUCAUGGUGGUUCACAAGUUCAUUCGGGAUCACUAUGCUCCCAAGUUCCCCGAACUCGAGCAACUUGUUGCGGACCCUGCCAUGUACAUCCGCUCCGUUCGCGCGUUGGGUAACUCAGAGGACCCUACGAAAGUCGACCUCAAUGGCAUCCUCCCUCCCGCGAUCAUCAUGAGUGUAUUGGUAACGGCAACGACCACGUCUGGGCAGCCACUCUCGGAAGCGGAGUGGCAGACUGUCCAACGAGCUUGCGACCUCGCAGAUAUACUGGAGGAGGCGCGCAAAAAGAUCUUCAUGUACGUCAGCUCACGAAUGAAUAUCCUGGCACCAAACCUAUCAGCUAUUGUCGGUACCACCACAGCUGCGAAACUCCUUGGAGUUGCUGGUGGCCUCAAUGGCUUAGCUAAGAUGCCUGCGUGUAAUGUCUAUUUACUCGGAGCACAAAGGAAGAUUACCGCAGGGUUCUCGUCCGCCACUCAGCGUCGUCAUACAGGCUUCGUGUUCCAGUCCGAGCUCAUACAACAAACGCCGCCAGAGUACCGGAUGAAGGUACAAAGAACGGUUGGUGCCAAAUGUUGUCUGGCGGCGCGUAUGGACCUGGAGCGGCACCGGAGAGAUGGUUCGUACGGAGAGGAGCUUCACGAUAAGAUAGAGAAGCACAUCGACCGACUCGCUGCACCCCCUCCGUCGAAGAUCGUCAAAGCAUUGCCUAUUCCCAACGACGGGCCGAAGAAGCGUCGUGGAGGCAAACGGGCACGCAAGGCGAAGGAGGCGUAUGCGCAGACCGAGCUCCGCAAGAUGCAGAACCGCAUGACCUUCGGAGAGCCGGAGGAGGAGGCUGGCGCGUUCGACCAGACAAAGGGCCUGGGUAUGAUUGGCUCGGGCAAGGUCAGGGCAGGCGUGGGCGAGGCGAAGAGUCGAGCGAAAUUGUCGAAGGCGAACAAGCUCCGGACAGCUGCGCUCACGAGAGCAGCUCAAUCCAAUUCACAGUCAUCUGGCACUGCCACUUCUCUGACUGUUACCCCCGUACAAGGAUUUGAGCUCACGAACCGAGCGGCGGCCUCGCAACGCGUCAAGGAGGCCAACGAGAGAUGGUUUGCUGGAGGCACAUUUUCAUUUGUUGGUCAGAAGGGUGCCUCGAAGUAGGCUCAGUGUGCAGUCUCGUGGCUCACGCGUACUAUAUGUUCACUCCAAUGCACUACGAUUGCACAAUACGCUAGGAUCCUAAUGAGCGACUAAUCAUACACGCGCGAUACAUAAGUCGAAAGCAAGCGGAAAGUACUACGGGUCGUGGCGGAUGGUGAGGAUCGUGACAGCUUAUGC